UAUUUCAAUUCUGCGGGGCCCGGCGGUGCACUGACUGGGCGGGUGUGCAUUUGUGUUUCAUUCAAAGCGAAUCAGCGUUCAUGUGAGCCGCUCUGUCUAGGCUACUGACUUUAUGACAAAAUCGUGUGGAGCCAAUUUACUGUGGUCAAAGGGGAUGAUCGAAGCUCUCGUUCCCUUAAACAUGCGCAAGCUUUGAAAGAGACUGAACAGAUUGAAAGCGAGUCUCCUACCCCUCCAGCACCCACAUGUGUAUCAUCUUCUUCAAGUUUGACCCUCGGCCUGCAUCCAAAAAUGCAUACAGGCUGGUUCUGGCUGCCAACAGAGAUGAGUUCUACAACAGGCCGUCGAAAGCUGCGGAUUUUUGGCCAAACAACAGCGAUGUUCUGAGCGGGCUGGACCUGGAGGAGGGAAAGGAAGGUGGGUCAUGGCUCGGGAUCAACAAGAGGGGCAAGCUCGCCGCGCUGACCAACUACCUGGAGGGACGCCCUAACCCUGAGGCCCAGGGCCGAGGGUUUCUCGUCCCAAACUUCCUGACGGACCACCAGGACAGCUACUCCUACCUGAAGAAAGUGUCCACGGAGGGACACCUGUACAACGGCUUCAACCUCCUCACUGCUGAGUUCAGGGCCAAAGACGACACCAUGUGUUACUAUGGAAACAGAGGCAGUGCUGAGCCCAUCCAUCUGAAAGCAGCAGGAAUCUAUGGACUGAGUAACUCCCUCCUUGAGACUCCGUGGAACAAGCUGCAGCAAGGCAAGCGCCACUUCACCAGUGUGGUCGACCAGGGCCUGCCCUGCGACAGCCUGGUGCAGGAGCUCAUCAAGCUCCUCAACAACGAGGAGCUGAACACCCCUGACCCGGCACAGGAGAGCCAGGGGGAAGGCUACAGCGGGCGCAUGCUCCAGGCCCUGUCUGCCGUGUGUGUGCGCACCCCCUCUUACGGAACAAGGGCCAAUACGAUCAUCCUUGUGGACGCAGCCGGGAAUGUGACCUUCACCGAGCGCACCAUGUUAAACUGUGACGUCAGCCAAUGGAGCACAAACACUUUCCAGUUCAAGCUCCAGGAGGACUGAAGACCGCCGGGGGAAGCCUACUUUGUGCCUUUCUGAAUCCCCGCGCUUUCCUCCUUCCACUCAGCCAUACUCCCUCGACAAUGAGAACAAUUUUGUUUUCUAUUGGAACCGACGUAGGUGUGAUUGGUGUUUUUAAUUAGCACACCUUUUUAUUGGAAAGAGAUUAAUUGCACUUUUUUAAUAUGGUUUUGGAGUUAUUUCCACUUGGCUUGAAGAUAUGGCAAGUGUGAAGUGACUAUUACAUUGAGUUGUUUUUCCUUGAUUAUAUACUCAUGGUCUGAGAGCUAUUGUUUAAUUUAUAAUAAGGACUUGAUGUUAUUUUGAUUUGUGUGCGCAUUAAAAUGUUUAUUGCCAAAGAACAUGCUGCAGCAUUUGACAGAACAAUGGUACGUUAAGCUAUCACCAUCAAAUCUAAAACGAUAUCCUGAUUGUUUCUUUUUUUCUUUUCCUGCCUUUUGUUAUGCUUUAGGUGAGACUGUGUUGCCUUGCUGGAAAUUACAUUCUGCACACCACUGUGCAUCCAGUGUUCAAUCUAAUCUUUGCAAUGAGACAUCUGAAUCCCUCUUUUGAAUGAAUGAACCUUUUCGAAAAUGUAUGAUUCAACGAUGAUUCUACUUCCUGAGUGUUAUUAUUGGCUCAGGUUUCCAUGAAUCUGUCACAGUUUUCUUGAUUUCACUCGUGAAUAAAGUAUUUUAAUCAA